UAAUCGAGAGGGUAUGUAUGUCGGAAGAAACGACGGAAGUUUAAUUUAUGCUACGACAGAGAAACGGGGGAAAUUAAGAGCUAACAGCUAGAAGAAAAGCAAACAAAUAGCUAAUUUACAUAAAAGUGCGAGUGUUAUGUCGACUUGUAUUCAAGAAUUCAAUUAAAUCGGAAAGUAUUUUAUAAUUGUGUAAAGUGAGCGAAGAAAAUGUGAUUACAAUAGUAGACGCGACUUCAACGAAUUUAAGCAAAGUAACAUAAAAUGUAAAUGCGGAUUAAAAGGAACGAACAAGUGCCUUUUACACAACAACUACCAACACCAAACCGACUGCUACUAACCAACAACCACGCAUUUGUGAAAAAAUGUUUUUAACAAAUAAAUAGAAAACAGAAUUCAAUAAAGUGUUCGAGCGACCGCACGGUGAACUCAUUUUACGUUUUUAACCAGCAAUAACGCUCCUGUUGCAUUCUUUCAAUGACAUAAAGCUAUAUAUAUUUGUGCGUGUGCAAAGCGAACUACAACAAAUAUUAAAAAAACGAAAAAAACAUUACCAUUCAACCUAACCAUCAGUAAGCCAACUUAUUAACCAGGAAUUUCGGCCACGAAAAAUGCAGCAAAGUGUAGUUGAAGAGAGGGAAAAUAAUACAGAGAAAAAACAUACUGUCUAGAAUAAGAAAAAAAAAACAAAGUAAUUAAACAAAGUGCAUAUACAUAUAAAUAAAAGAACAACUAAAACAAAUUGUGCGGUCUUUGAGUAUUUCAAGAAACGAAUAAAAAAGAAUUAAUCUAGACGAAACAAUAUACAAGGUGAAAAUACCAUAGUUGAAAAAACGUUGAGAAAACAGGGAAUCAAAAAAUCAGCAAGUGUUUCGCGAUUUAAAUUACCACCCGCCUCCUAUAACUAUUGCCCAUAUACAUAUGUACAUAUAUUGCAAGUGAAUGCCCACGAGUUUUCAUAAAGUUUUUUUCGAAAACGAACUCAACUCGAACGAUAGAUAAUAAAAUAAAUUUUUAAUAUUCGCCCAAAGUGCGCUUGCUUCAUAUUAUCUAAUAAGCCAGCAGAGACAAAAGCAAUAACAAGCACAGCUAAAUUUUUACAGCAAAACAAUAAUAAUAACAACAACGAACAAAAAAUUUGUUUAAAAUAAUACGAAAAGCAACAACAACACCAAGCUAAUCAGCAGCAGCAGAUAAGUAAAGCAUAGCAAAGCGAAAAAGCAACACAAAUCUCACUGUAAAUUUACGUAUGUCAAAGAGAGUUGAAGAGACGUGAGUGAAGACCUCAACAACUUGGCAAACAACAAAUCUACAAACACACCCGUGUGUUCAAGUGUAAUUUUGUGAUUCACUUCGCUGUCGCUAGUACUGCCGCUGCUUGCGUUGCAGCAGCAAUACAAUAAUAAUAAAAAAGACACACAAAGUAGUGCGAAUAGUCAAGCGAGUGUCGCGUAGCGCUGAGUGCGAACGUGAUAGCAAGAGCGUGAGUCAUAAAAGUGAAAUGAAAAUGCGGGUAAAGAGAGAAUCACCGCUGCUCGUGCUGAGAUUUAGGACAAUCAACAGCAGAAAUGAUUGUAAACGAUCCACAGUUUGCGAUACACACGGCACAGCUUCGGCACCAGAGGCAAUGCCAUCAGAAGACUGCAACGAGGAUUGGUCGUCAACGGCGCCGCAAACAGGCAAUCGUUCACCGCUAAUGAGAAGUUGCUCUACACCAGCUGUUUAUGAUAUCGAAACCCAUCCCGCGUCACCAGUUUUCCCCCAUUUACUAUUGGGCAACGGCAAAGAUGCCAGCGAUCCGAGUAGUGUGGGCGCCAAUUGUGUUUUGAAUGUUACCUGCCAAGCACCCAGCUCAGGACCUACGCCGGGACUUAAGUAUAAACAGAUACCUGCCAGUGAUACACCGCAUCAAAAUAUAAAACAAUAUUUUCAAGAGGCCUACGAUUUUAUUGAGGAUGCACGCAAAACCGGCUCCCGUGUACUGUUGCACUGUCAUGCGGGCAUUUCGCGCAGCGCUACCAUCGCCAUCGCUUACGUUAUGCGUUACAAAUCGCUUUCGCUCUUCGAGGCUUACAAGUUGGUUAAAGUGGCGCGACCCAUAAUUUCACCCAAUCUCAACUUUAUGGGCCAACUGCUAGAACUCGAACAGAAUUUACGUAUGAGUGGCGUUUUGAAACCCGUCUCACCAUCCGCCACUGCACCCACUACCCCAACAUCUAGUCAAGUCGAAUUUACCAAUAACUCUGUGCUGAAACCCGCCUCGGCUGAGGACGAAGACGAAACCGAUGCGUCGUUAUUACGCAAGCGACCUGGUGAGGCCAAGCGUAAGAUGAGCGCCGACGAUGAUGAUGAUGCCGGAGAUGAUUUGUUUGAGGAUGCGCACAGUACGCUUAGCAGCCACAGCAGUUGUGCCAGUAAUAGUCAAGCGCUACGAUUGACAUGGCCGCCACCUACAGGAACGCCCGCAGCUCUUCUCUCGCCCUCCACUUCGACGGAAGCGUCCUGCUCUUCUUCGGUAUCGUCAUCAUCGCUAUCUGCCUCUUCAUGCGCCUCAUCUUCAGCCUCAACGCCGACUUCACCAUCCGUUUCUUCAUCUGCAGCACAAUCGCCCUUCCUAUGCUGCACACCCACCGCCAUGCCGAAACGUCAUUCGCCCGCCAAACUGCGGCUCAACCUGCGUUCUACCUUCGCGCCGAUACGACAGUCACAGUCGUGCAUGUCGAUACGCGAAGUGGCUGACGAAGCCUUAGCCCCGACUGCCAGCGAGGCAACAGACACGGCGUUGGCGAUAGCAGGCGCAGCAGCUGCAGCCGCUAGCAGCGCGAGCAACAUGCCCUUGCCCGUGGCGAUGGACCAUGAGAACAAUGUUGUAUUGGCAAUGUCGACCAGUGAAUGAAAGCACUAAUACAUACGUAAUACGGUUACAACAAUAAGGAUUCACUAGUAGUAAAAAUAAAAAAUAAAACAAAUAAAAAUAGCAAAUGAAGAUAACUAAAAAAAUUAACAACAAAAACAAAAGCAACGCAAGCACUUUGAGAAAUGCUGUGAAUAUCUUUUAAGUGUACAAUAUAGCGAGCGUACCUACCUAACGAUAGCAUACAUACUUGUAUAUACAUAUGUACACAGUUGUGCGUAUAUAUAUUUUGUGUAUAUUACAUACAUACAUAGUAAGUACACUAGCAUACCGAUCGAACGAAUAAGCGAUCGAAAUAACACCACGCCUACCAUUAUUACGUAAAUACUGCGAGUACAUAUGAAUUUCUGUAAAAGAUCAGGAAAAUUACUGACGAGUAUAUCAAUUAAAAAGUCUUAAAUGAAUAUAAAGCGGGAUAAUUAAAACGAAGAACAAACAAGUAAACAUGCAAGUCAUGUACCUAAAUAAAGGCAUACAUAUUGAUACAAAAAGAAUGCAUAUUAUAAAUUCAAAACUGAAGAAUUGUGAAAAUAUUUACUUUUUGUAAUAUUGUACCUUUUUACCUUUUGAGAAAAACUAAUAAAAGGGAGCGCAUACAAAUGGCGUUCAGAGAAAUUGCAACUAUGCAUUUGCCUAAGCUUAAGGCUAAUUUUCGAGUAUGAAAAAAGUUUACUUUGAAAAGAUUUAACUAUGAAAUGUUAUUUAUUUAUUUUCAAAUGAUUUAAAUUAGUAAAACGCUUACUUGUAGACAUUAUUGCCAAGGAGCUGUUUAUAUAUAAUAUAAUUUUCAGCUUAAGAAACAUUCAGUAGAAGAAAAAUUCGCUUUCGAAAGUCAUUAAUAAAAUGUAUUUAAUAUAAAUGUAGAAGAAGUUUUUGUGAAAUAUUUAAUUAUCUUUUUAUUUUGCAAAUCCAAAAAUUUUCAGCAUAACUUGCUUUUUUACGGGAAAUGAUAUUAACGACCGACCGACCGAACACCAUUAAGUGGGGCAACAUAGUGCAUACACUCAUGUCCACUUUAUGAAGUUCGCUUAUCUAUGGACUUUUGGCUUUUUCAUAGACUUCCACUUUUGUAAAGAUGAAUGCCUGCUACAUCUGUGAAUGAAUAAUAGUAUAAAUAUUAUUUUUAUUAUAUGAAAUACGAAUUAUAGUAUAAAUAUUACUGUAAAGCCCAGCAACUAAUUUAGUGAUUGACAAAUAUAAAGUGCGAAGUCGAUUAAAGUUUCGUCAAAAGUCCAGAUAUGUACAUACAUAUAUGCAAUACUGUAAUAAUGUAGUUCACUGGCUGAAAUUACAUUUUUAUAAAUUUUUUUCGUUAAUUUUUAAUUUUUUUUCAUUACUUUUUAAUUCUUAUUUUCGUUAAUUUUUACAUUUCCUCAUGCCCUUCUAAGUCACCGGGUUCACAUAUAUACUUAACCAAGCUGUAGCACCCCGUACGCUACAACAUUGUGGUAUAUUGCGAGCAUAAAUUUAAUGAAGAAAGAAAAUCAUGCAUAUACAUAAUUAAUUUUUAUGAGAAGUGAAAAAUUUAGUUAUUAUAAGUAAUAAAAAUAAUGUUAAAAAAACGAUUUUUUGCAAAUCUACACACAUUCAUAUGUUUGUCCUCCCGAAAAAAAAUGAAAAAUCCUAUCUUUUGCCUAGCAUAAUUUGUAAAAAAAAAAAUAGUAAAAAAACCAUGUACAAAACAAAAAACAAACUGUAUACAUAUAAACAUAUUAGCAAGCGAAUAUUUAUUUUAAUGCCAAACUCUUUCUAUAAAACUGUUUUAAGUUUUUCCUUUACGCACACACCUACAAUAAGCGAGAAGUUUUCAAAGUAUACAGUAUGUAAACUUAAUUGAAAUCAAAAGCCUAAAUCAGCCGAUAAAAAAAUUACCCAAGCAUCACAACACAUUGGCUUUUCCAUAUAUUUCGUAUAUGAGUAAUAUAA